UUGGGCAGCCAGGCGCUAGGCCCAGCGGGGAUCCAAGCAGCCUGGGGGAGAGGGAGGCGGUGCCUGUACCCGGGCCCAAGGUCACCGGGCGACCGACAGAUGCAUGCCGCAGGCCCCGGCCACAUGAGCAGCGCUACGGACGCGACUGCCCGGGCCUUGGAUAUACCAGAUCGAGUGCCCACCCGUCCGUGGGACUGGCCUCCUGAUUCGACCUGCCCCAGCCUCUGCUUCACCCCACUGGUGGCCAAAUAGCCGAUGUCUAAGCCUUACACAAGCAUAUACAGCGUCUGGCGACUUUUGGGAAUUCCCUCGCUAAGUCACGCCUGAGACUCAUGGAGAGAUGCUAGACCUGGGACUGCCCUGGGAGGCGCACACAACCAGGUCGGGCGGCAGCCAAGACCUCUCCCAUGUCCCUGCUUUUCUUGGGUGAGUGUCCUAUGGUCCUGCCCACAGUCCUCCGCAGGGCAGAGCAGGGCAGGGCAGGGCAGGGCCUGGUGGACUGGCCUUUGCCCUCUGGUAGUUCAAGGCCAUUGAUCUGGAGUUCUGGCUUCCUAGAACUCUUCAGUCCAUUGGGAAGGGCCUCUACAACACUGGGUUCUAAGCUUCCGGGGGAUAAAUCUGGCCCGCCCCAGGAUCCUCUGCCCACCCUCCCCCAUAGCUCCGUGACUCAGCUCAGCAACCAUGCCAGGGCUGAGCUAGCUGACACAGGGAGGAGCCCCUAAGUGGACUGGAGCGAUCUUCCUUUCACUUUCCCUACCCCUCAGGACUCGAAGGACAGCCAUGGCUCCAAAGAGGAAGUGCUCAGUACAGACUGAGGGCCCUGAGAAGAAGAAGGGGCAGCAGGGGGCAGGGCAGGAGGACCUCUUCCGCUCCGCCGCUGAGGCCCUCAGGGCCGCACCCGCAGAGAGGCGCAUAAUCCGUGUGGAUCCGACGUGUCCACUCAGCAGCAGCCCUGGGACCCAGGUGCAUGAGGACUACGACUGCACCCUGAACCAGACCGACAUCGGGAAGAACAACAACAAGUUCUACAUCAUCCAGCUGCUCCAGGAUGGUGGCCGCUUUGCCUGCUGGACCCGCUGGGGCCGCGUGGGAGAGCUUGGCCAGUCGAAGCUCAACCCCUUCACAACACUAGAAGAUGCAAAGAAGGACUUUGAGAAGAAAUUUCAGGAAAAGACCAAGAACAAAUGGGCAGAGCGAGACCGAUUUGUGGCCCACCCCGGCAAGUACACACUUAUCGAAGUGCAGGGAGAGGAUGAGGCCCAGGAAGCUGUGGUGAAGGUGGACGGAGGCCCAGUGAGGACUGUGGCAAAGCGGGUGCAGCCCUGCUCCCUGGACCCAGCCACGCAGAAGCUCAUCACUAACAUCUUCAGCAAGGAGAUGUUUAAGAAUGCCAUGGCCCUCAUGGACCUGGAUGUGAAGAAGAUGCCCCUGGGAAAGCUGAGCAAGCAGCAGAUUGCACGGGGCUUCGAGGCCUUGGAGGCACUGGAGGACGCCCUGAAAGGCCCCAAGGAUGGUGGCCAGAGCCUGGAGGAGCUGUCCUCCCACUUUUACACCGUCAUACCGCACAACUUCGGCCGUAGCCGGCCCCCACCCAUCAACACCCCGGAGCUUCUGCAGGCCAAGAAGGACAUGCUGCUGGUGCUGGCAGACAUCGAGCUGGCCCAGGCCCUGCAGGCAGCCCCUGAACAGAAGAAGAUGGUGGAGGAGGUGCCACACCCCCUAGACCGAGACUACCGGCUUCUCAAGUGCCAGCUGCAGCUGCUGGACCCUGGGGCACCUGAGUACAAGGUGAUACAGACCUACUUAAAACAGACUGGCAACAACCACAGGUGCCCUACUCUUCAACACGCCUGGAGAGUGAACCGAGAAGGGGAGGGAGACAGAUUCCAGGCCCACUCCAGACUGGGUAAUCGGAGGCUGCUGUGGCACGGCACCAACGUGGCCGUGGUGGCCGCCAUCCUCACUAGUGGACUCCGCAUCAUGCCACAUUCUGGUGGGCGUGUUGGCAAGGGCAUCUACUUCGCCUCAGAGAACAGCAAGUCAGCCGGCUAUGUUACUGGCAUGAACUGUGGGGACCACUACAUCGGCUACAUGUUCCUGGGUGAGGUGGCCCUGGGCAGAGAGUACCAUAUCACCAUGGACAACCCCAGCUUGAAGACCCCACCUCCUGGCUUCAACAGUGUCAUUGCCCGAGGCCACACCGAGCCUGAUCCGACCCAGGACACUGAGCUGGAGCUGGAUGGCCAGCGAGUAGUGGUGCCCCAGGGCCAGCCUGUGCCCUGCCCAGAGUUCAGCAGCUCCACAUUCUCCCAGAGCGAGUACCUCAUCUACCAGGAGAGCCAGUGUCGCCUGCGCUACCUGCUGGAGGUUCACCUCUGAGUGCCCACUCUGUCCCCCUGGGUCCUGCAGGGCUGGACGGUGAUCUUCACUCUUCCUUCCCUGUCUCCGGUUCCCCUACAUCUCCUUUUUUCAAGAAUGCAAUACAUUGUUGUUAACUACAGUCACCGAGCUGUACAGGAUCCCUGGAUUUACUCCUCCUGUCUGACUGAAAUUGUGUGUUCUUUGACCCACAGCUGCCCGGUCCCUCUCCUCCCAGCAUUCUACUCUUGUAUAAGGCAGCUUUUUUAGGUUCCACAUGUAAGUGAAGUCAUGCGAUGUUUGUCUUUCUGUGCCUGGCUUAUUUCACUUAGCAUAAUAUCCACCAGGUUCACCCAUGUUUUCAUAAAGGACAGGAUUUCUUCCUUUUU